CGAGGCGAUUACGUCACAGCGCUCAACCGGAAGUGGCGAUACUGGGAAAACAAGUGAAGGAGGAAAGGUAGCCAUUAUUAAACCGAAGCAGCGAAAACGGGCGGUGAAGAAAGAAACUGAAGGCGCCAGGACGCGCGGGAAUGUAUGCUGCCCCGGAGGGAAGCGAUUUGUGAAGCUCAGGACCUUGAAGGCGAGCGCUGUUGAAGUACGAUGUCCUGCCGCGACAUUCACGCCACCAACGUGUUUGCGUUCAUCAUUACCCUCAUUUCAGUGGCCGGUCUUACUGUGGCAACACUGAUCCCACAGUGGAGGAUCACCCAGCUGGUCACCUUCAACCGUAACGCCAGGAACGUGACCGUGUACGAUGGCCUGUGGGCCAAGUGCGUGCAGCAGGAGGGCAGCUCCGGCUGCUACGUUUACGACACAGAGUGGUACAUUCGCGUGGACCAGCUGGACCUGCGUGUGCUGCAGUUUGCCCUGCCCUUCAGCCUCCUCUUUUCCACGCUGGCCUUGCUGCUCACCAUGUGCGGUAUGUGCAAGACGGCCUGUUGCUCCAGCAAGCCUGAGGUCACCACGGGCAACUGCCUGGUGAACAGUGCAGGCUGCCAUCUGGUAGCUGGACUGCUGCUCUUUCUUGCCGGAGGGAUAGCCAUGGCGCCCUCCGUCUGGUUCCUCUUCUACACCAAGCAGCUGAACAGGAAGUACGACAACCUGUUCUCCAACGACUUUGCCGUGUACGUGGCUAUCGGCUGCUCCGGGGGGCUCAUCCUCGCCUCUCUGCUGUUCUGCAUGUGGUACUGCAUGUGCAAGAAGCUGCCUUCACCGUUCUGGCUGCCGCUACCGGGCAUGUCCAACAGCUUCUCCACGCAGCCGCUCACCUCCAAUGGAUACCCCUCACCUGUGUACGCCCCUCAGCCUUUCCCUCCCCAGGCCUUCACCCCGGUGGUAGCUGCUGAUCCCAUGCCCUACGUCCAGCCCCAGGCCUACGCAGCACCCCAUGGCUAUACCCCUAGUGUGGCGGCCCAGCCUGCGUACGUAUCUCAGGUCUCCGUUCCCGAUGGUUACGGCUCGGAGGCCUACGCCCCCCACAGCUACGCCCCCUCCCAGGCCUACAGCUCCAGCUACGGUGGUCCGCGCUACUCCACACGUUCUCGGCUGUCCACCAUCGAGAUUGACAUCCCCGUCCUCACACAGGGCAGCUGAGGCCAGAGAGGGCUUCUGCACAUUCGUGGAGGUGUACGUUGUGCGGUGUAGCACUGAGGUACUGCACU